AUGUUCAGAAGAUCAUUCCACGCUUCUCGUCGCGCCUUGGCUGAGGUCUCCCAGCCCGUCGCUAUGCAGACGCAGCCUGUUGUUGUAGAGCCUGUGAAGACUCGGAAGCCUGUCGGUGGAUUCCGUGGAGGUAUCAUCGGCUUCCUCCUCGGCCUAACAACGACCGGCGUCCUCGGCUACACCCAGCUCCUCCAAACCCACCACGACACCUCCUCUACCCUCCUCGCAACCGUCGAAGACCUCCAACGCAGCACCCUCUCCCUUACUUCCCACAUCCAGCGAAUCCAAACCCUCGAAACGCAGUUGAAGAAACUGGAGCAGAAGGUUGUUACGAAGGAGGAGGUGGAGGAGGUGAGGAGAGAUGUUAGGGGGAUGGUGGAAGGUGUUAGGAUUGAGGUUUUGGAGGGGAGGGAGGCUUUGACUGGGUUGGAGAGGGACUUUGCAGCGAUGGUUAGGAGGAGGAGGACGGAGCUCUGA